UCACCAGCAACAACUUUCGAAAUCUCUCCUGAACAGAACGACACCUCAGUGUACGGAAUCACUGCUAUGAGCACAUCUAUGGUAGAACUGGAACUGGACAAAGAAUGUUGCGGUCCAAAGGUUACGUUGCAGCCUCAGCACGACAACUCAGCUAAUACAGAUAAGGUAUUGGGUCAGGCCAUCCAUUCAGGCUGUAAACAAGACCAAUAUGAGCUGACCAUGGAGACUGUGGGUCUAAGUUGAGGAAUAUUAGGACAUACGUUUCAACAAUGGGAAGUCAGAGGUACGGUUUCAAGAAGGAAUGCUUCAUUUUGUCAGUGGACGUUGCGACAACAAUAAGAUGUCACAUCUAUGACAAGGAGGCAAAUGUCCGAGGAUCAUGCACCACCAAGGUUGUUCCCUUGUAUCCAGAAGUCGGUUAUGUGGAGAUGGACCCAGAUGCAAUAUUUGAAGGAUUUAUCACUGUGGUCAAAGGAGCUGUGAAAGAUGCAGGAGUACAAAUGCGUCAAAUAGACGCCUUGGGCAUCUCCACUCAACGAGCGACCUUCACAACAUGGGACAGGAAAACUGGGGUUCCUUUCCAUAACUUCAUCAGCUGGCAGGACCGGAGGGCUGCAGACCUGGUGAAAUCCUGGAACAGAUGCUGCACAAUGAAAGCCCUCCAUGGCACGAUGAAGGUGCUCCAAUUCCUGACCAGGCAGAAGCGGGCGCUUGCAGCAAGUCUCAUUGUCUUCUCUACUCAACAUGUCACCUUCCGCCUCGUCUGGGCCCUAACACACUACAAGCAGGUUCGUCAAGCAGUAGCUGAAGGCAACUGCUGCUUUGGAACAGUCGACACCUGGCUCCUGUUCAAACUCACGAAAGGGCAGGUCCAUGCCACGGACUACUCAAAUGCCAGUUCAACAGGAAUUUUCGACUCUUAUCAGAUGUGCUGGAGUGGCUUUCUCAGCUUUCUUGUUUCUCUGCCUCUCUCUAUUUUCCCCAAAGUAGAAAAUACAAACCAUGACUUUGGUUCCACAGACCCGUCCAUCUUCGGAGAGUCCAUUCCCAUCAUGUCCGUGAUGGCGGACCAGCAGGCAGCCAUGUUUGGAGAGUGCUGCUUUGACGUUGGUGAUGUCAAGAUCACUAUGGGAACGGGCACCUUCAUGGACAUUAACACCGGGAGCCAACCGCAUAUGCCCGUGGCAGGUCUGUAUCCUCUGGUGGGUUGGAAGAUUGGCUCAGAGGUGGUGUACCUGGCGGAAGGCAAUGCAGCCGACACUGGCACUGCAAUCAAAUGGGCACAGGAGCUUGAGCUCUUCUCUGAAGUCCAGGAGACCAGUGACAUGGCUUACAGUGUCAGCGACUCAGACGGAGUGUGUUUUGUUCCUUCCUUCAGUGGCCUGCAGGCUCCUCAUAAUGAUCCCAAAGCCUGUGCCUCCCUCAUGGGCCUCAAACCUUCAACCACGAAAAGUCAUCUGGUCCGAGCCAUUCUGGAGUCCGUCGCCUUCAGCAACAAGCAGCUAUAUGAGACAAUACUGAGAGAAACUAGCAUUCCCAUCACGAAGAUCAGGGUGGAUGGUGGGGUUUCCUCCAACGACUUUGUUAUGCAAAUGACUGCAGACCUGUUUGGCAGAAAGGUAGCAAGACCCCAACACUACGAAAUGUCGUCUUUAGGGGCUGCUUUCGUCGCUGGACUUGGAAUAGGCUUCUGGAGGACGAGGGAAGAGCUGAAGAAGCUGGCAAGCACCGACGAAUCGUUCUCGCCCCAAAGAGCAUCCAAGGGCGGCGCUUGCAGCCCGAGUCGGGAAUACAUCCCGGGCCUCCAGAGAUUGGGAGAGAGCUCUCCGACGCUCCAUGAAUUGGUACCAAGCCUUGACACGGAUGCACACGACAAGGAGAUCCUAGGUUUGACAGAGACAUGAGUUUGUGAGAAGCAAAACUAAUCUUAGACGGUGGUGAUUUUGUUGUGCACCGUCAGCAAAACUUCACAGCCUUGAGUUGAUGUCCACAUACAGACUUCCUUCCUACUGGAUUUCUUCAUGCCAUAGCAAACCUCAUCCUUGCUUCAUUCCACAUAUCAAGCCACUGGUGCCUCUUCUCAUUAGAGUAUUUCAUCAGCUGGGAUAAUAUUGUUACAUGCUGCCACAUGGGGGCGCUAAUGACUGGUUUUGCAGCUGUUUAAUUUAUGAACGCCAUAGCAACUGCAUGCCACAUGAGUAUUAUGGAUUGAAAACAUUGAUUUCCUUAACUGUGAGGGGGAAAACAGGUUAAAUGACUCUAAAUAGGAAGCCAAAUGUUAACUUCAAAAAUGUUAGUAUUUGUCUUUUUAAAAUAGUAGUUUUAAACAGUAUUUAUCUUUGUUAGUUAAAGGAAAUGUUAGUCCUCUAGAGAAAACAUACAGUCCUAACAGCCUUUUGGAAAGUCUUAAGUAGCUUAAUUUUUUAUAAUCAUAUACAUUCUAGCUGCAGGCGACCCAGACCCUAUCCUCAAACGAAAUGCAAUUAUGAAAUUGGAUGAUAUUGUUUAAUUGUGACUGGAUCAUAAACUACGUGAACAGGCUGUGCUCUGUAAGGGAAUCCUACUGGAUUUUAGUAUUUUUGUCAGCUUGUUGUCAGAAAUGCUUCUUUCCGCUCGCCUCACAUCUCCAUUAGAAAAGUGUGUUUGUUUAAGGUGACUGUGAAAGGGAUUUGUUUAGGUAUGUGGGGAUUUGAAGAUCAAGCUUUUCUGUAAUAGCUGUCGAAUGGUUUGUGUCCAACUGACACAUAAAUUAAAAAUGUAGCUUUGACACGUAUUGUGUGGUUUAGAACAAGUUGAUCAGGGAUAUAAAUAUGUACUGAACUGGCAUAAAACAGAUUAUGGAUACAUGAAAAUAUUUAUUUCUUGUAAAUCCAUUUUUUGUAAAGAGUAUUUCUGUUAUUAUUUAGUGCGAACAAAUUACUACAAAAAAUGUAAUCUGUGUCUUAUUCUUGAUUUGCUCUACUUGCCGUUGUUACAUGUUUUUGCCUUUCCUAAUACUGUAAUUUCUUUUUUUCAUUUUUUUUCAAGAUUUGUUAUGCAAGUGGCAUUAUGCAUAAUGCAACAAUUAACACCUCAGAUUGAAUUGACAAUCCAUUUCUAACACUUCUAACACACCAUUCAGUCGUUGAAUGGCAGAUGUCACAAGCUGCUGGGACAUAACAAAUGUUACAUUUGUGAUCAUACUUUUUUUUACAAAAUUGCAUUAAAAAUAUCAAUGCUGUGUGA